CGCUCCAUGUGGUGGCACCCUAAGCAUCUGGUCAGGUGUUACACACGGUUAUGUUUCACGUCUUCUACGUGAUUAUCAAUAUAAAAUACAUUUAUGUGAACCAUCAAAGUAAUAUUUAAGCGUGCUAACUGUAAGUUUACGAUUGAUACUAAUUUAGCAUUACGUGAGGCAUAAAAAUGGGCGUGCCAAAAUUCUUCAGGUAUAUGAGCGAAAGAUAUCCAUGCCUCAGCGAGGUUGUCAGGGAAUAUCAGAUACCUGAAUAUGACAACUUAUACUUGGAUAUGAAUGGCAUUAUUCACAUAUGUUCUCAUCCGAAUGACUUGGAUCCCCACUUCCGUAUAUCGGAAGAAAAAAUAUUUCGGGACAUAUUUCAUUAUAUUGAAAUAUUGUUUCACAUGAUUCAACCACAAAAGCUAUUUUUUAUGGCGGUCGACGGUGUAGCACCACGUGCUAAGAUGAAUCAACAAAGGGGCCGCAGAUUUCGCUCGGCUAAAGAAGCUGAGGUUUUAGAAGCCAAAGCGAAGGAAAGGGGCGAAGUACUUCCGAAGGAGGCACGAUUUGACUCCAACUGUAUAACACCAGGAACUGUAUUCAUGACACGUCUUAAUGAGCAACUCAAAUAUUUUGUCACCUACAAAAUAACAACGGACAAACUUUGGCAGAAGUGCAAAGUGAUACUGAGCGGACAUGAGACACCAGGUGAAGGAGAGCACAAAAUCAUGGAUUACAUUAGAUAUAUUAAAUCUCAAUCGAAUUACGACAGUAACACAAGGCACUGCUUGUACGGUUUGGAUGCUGAUCUCAUAAUGCUGGGUCUGUGCACGCACGAACCUCAUUUCUCCUUGCUGAGGGAAGAAAUAAAGUUUGGAAAUAAACAGAAGCGAGUGUCCACGCCUGAGGAAACCACAUUUUUUCUUCUUCAUUUGUCAGUAAUGCGAGAAUAUAUCGAACACGAGUUCUCUUCACUUAAGGAUAAACUUUCAUUUGACUAUGACAUUGAGAAAAUUAUCGAUGACUGGGUACUAAUGGGUUUCCUGGUUGGAAACGAUUUUAUUCCAAAUUUGCCAAAUUUACAUAUCGCUAACGGUGCCCUGCCAAUUUUAUACUUGGCUUACAUGGAAGUGCUGCCUACCCUGGACGGGUACAUAAACGAGGGCGGUACUUUGAAGUUGGAUCGCUUUGAAAAAUUAAUGGAACGUCUAAGUCGGGUGGAUAUUGAACAAUUUGCAGAGCAUUAUGCUGAUUUAAAAUAUUUCGAAUCCAAGACCGGUCGAAGGCCAAAUGAAACGGAAAGGCACACUUAUCACAAUUCUGAAGAUGCGUCAGAAGCCUCAGCAAAAAAUCCGGGAAAUAAAGAUUUGGAAGAUUUAAUUAAAUCUACCUACAAUAUGUUUUCGGGCCAUUCUGAUGAAGAAGAACCAUUAGACAUGGAUGACGAUUCGGAUAACGACGUUUAUAACAUGGAAUUUAUCCAACACAAGCGUGACUAUUAUAUGAACAAGUUGGAAUAUGAAAAUGUCGAUGCAGAUGUAUUGAAAUCGCAAGCGGAAUGUUACGUCAGAGCGAUUCAGUGGAAUCUGAAUUAUUAUUACAACGGGUGUUGCAGUUGGUCGUGGUAUUAUCCGCAUCACUACGCGCCAUAUAUUUCCGAUAUAAAGGGUUUCAAAGACUUGAAAUUGGAAUUUGACAUGGGCCGACCAUUUUUACCUUUUCAACAGCUAUUGGCAGUAUUGCCAGCGGCCAGUAGAUCAUUACUGCCAAAACCCUUUGAAUCGUUAAUGAUUGGCGAACAGUCACCGAUCAUAGAUUACUAUCCAGCUGAAUUCAAAACUGACUUGAAUGGGAAACGGCAAGAGUGGGAGGCUGUCGUCCUUAUUCCAUUCAUCGAAGAAACAAGUUUAUUGGAAGCAAUGGAGCCGUGUUACGCUAAGCUAACACCUGAUGAGAAACAACGAAAUUCCCAUGGGCCGAUGUACGUUUAUUACCAUACCACAGAAGAUUUGGGUUUAUACGAAGCUCCUCAGUAUUUUCCUAAAUUAUCUACAAAUCACGCAAAGCUUAAACUAAUCAAGUGGGAAGAUAUUAUUGUACCAAGAGAAAAACUAGUAAAGGGAUUAUGUCCAGGCAUAAGACUGGAUGUUUACUUCCCAGGAUUUCCAACGUUGAAGCACAUUAAUCACACAGCUGAAUUACGCAAAGCCAAGGUGAAAGUUUUCGAACAAGUGUCACGAGGUGAAAAUAUGAUACUACAAAUCGUGCCAUCCGAUGCACGAAACUUGGCUGACCUGGCCGGCCAAAUACUAGGGACGAGUAUUUUUGUUUCUUGGCCGCAUUUGGUCGAGGCACGUGUUGUGGCUGUAUCCAAUCGUGAGGUGAAAUACACUUUGUCAGCUGAUCGAAAUGAAACUAUAGUAAAAGAAGAGAUGAGAGGGCCUCUAUCCGUCCAAUGGAACCAGUCAAAGAGGGCGAUUAGCGAAAAUUACAUGAACCGGUUGGGAAUUGAUGUAGGAGAGACGGAUGUUUUAGUGCAUGCGUGCUUGAUGACGGGUAGACGUUAUAUUUUUGGCACUCAAGGAAAAUUGUCCUUGGAAAAACAAUGGAGCGACGUACCGUCAGCUUUCGCACUUCAGGCAACCGUCGGUGAUAUAGCCGUACACGAUUCUAGCUUUGUACAGUACAAAAACAUUGGGGAAGUAUUUACACCAAAGAGCAUAUGUUUUAUGCUGGGACACCCGCAUUACGGAGCUAUGGGCGAGGUCUCGGAAGGUGGUACUAGUACGAAAACUGGCAGAGUCAAGUUAGCCAUGUGGAUCACCGAGGAGCCAAACUUGGAUUUGUUAAAACAAUCACAAUCAGACGCAAAAUCGCGCUACAUGCACGGCAGUAUAGCGGCUCAAAGACUGGGAAUUAAUAGCCACUUGCUGAGCCGCAUCACCGGUUCUAUCUACGUCAUGCAAGGGCCAAGAGAGCAAUUAGAAAAUCCGAAGCGUAACUUGGGACUCAACUUGAAAUUUAACAAAAAAAACCAAGAGGUGCCAGGUUAUACGAAAAAAGUUAACGGCCAGUGGUUAUAUAGUACAAAGGCUAUCGACUUGAUACGUGCUUACAUGCGAAAAUUUCCUUUGUUAUUUGAAAAACUGGCAAGUAACGUGACAAAUGACAUCUACUACGAGGAUGAGUUGUUUACAGAACCGGAGUGUAUGACGGUGAGUGCUGUAUCAUCUUGGUUGAAGGAACAACCGUUUUACAACAUCGAAAGCUGCAACUGCGGGACUGAGAGUCUGGAUUUUGAAGAUAUUGAGGAAAUAGAAAGAGUGGUGGAUGCAUUUAUUGAAUCCCAAAAAAAUUCCCCAACCGGGAAGACCGUAAUGAUGCAAGUCAAGCCACAUUUAUUGUUCAAGCCUAGUCUUCACAUGGGUAACUUCCCUCCCGAUGCAACUGCGCAACACAAAAUUUAUGACAGGAUUGUCAGUGUCAGAGAAAGUUUCACCGUGCCUCUUGGAUAUAGAGGUACAAUUUUUGCAAUACAGAGAACAGAAAAGAUUUCUGAUUUAAUGUACGACAUUGUAUUCGACAAGGAAUUCGUAGGAGGUUUAUCAUUGAAUAUGUGCUCAGCCAAUCGCGGUUAUAGGCUAGCUCCUUCAGAUUUCAUAAACUUGUCCCAUGGUUUUCGAGCUGAGAAUGUCAAGUCAGGCAAAUCGAAUGUGGACACAUCCGAACCGUCAUCGUGGAGGUCGCCUUCGAAUUCCCGAAAUCAUACCUCUCGUUCGAAUACGAGUGCCUUUGCCUUGUUCAACAGCCAGGGUGGCCUUGCCCCAGCCUUUGUCAAGGGUGAAAUGCAGUUUCCUGUAUCACCGAUGAAAAUAAUGAAAAAAAACAGUGAUCAAACACAACUCAACCACAAAAUUACCGCCGAGACAAAUGUCCAGGACAAUGUCAACGCACAGAGCAAAGCACGGGGAGCGGUAUCGCAGGAGCAAUCAAAUUCUAAGGUUGAAAAUGAAACAGCACAGAUUGUACAGGAUGGUAAGGGUCAAUCUUUACAAAGAUCAUCAGAGUUUCAAGCUCUGUGGAACGAGUUACAUCGGUUACAGAAGUCCAGUGGUUCAAACAGUCAGCAGAAAUUACCAAUGACACCAAAUACCGAAUCGAAGGAAACGCCGAGUACUGUGACCAAUUCGCCAAGGGAAGCUCACCUUUGGCCUCAAGAUCCCAGUGCUUUUUUGAAAGCGAUGUUAAAAAUCUCAGAUGAUAAUUCGAAAAACAAUACUGCAUCAUCCAACAAACCUCCUGCAUUCCCACAAUUAUCUAAAUCUUCAGAUGCACCACCUCUGGUACAACAGUUAUUCGAUCAUGCCAGACAAGUGGAAAAUACUAAAAAAUCGAAUACAGUAUCCUAUUGUUCGCAACUGUUGACAUACUUUCAACUAAAAGGUAUGGGCAUGCCUCGCUACAGUUAUUCACCGAACAAAGAGACUAACUUCGUAUGCGCACGUAUCUUCUUACCCAAUGGAAGAACGUUCGCUGGUGAGUUCUGUCAGAGCAGGGAACUCGCCGCUGAAAGUGCCGCUAAGAGAGCGUAUACGGAAUUGGAUUUGAACAAUAUACCAGACCCAGGUGUCAAUAUAUUACCUACGCCUCCUCAGCAGUGGUACAACACUCGUCACAGGGCAAUACAUCCACAAAAUAUUCGACCAAUCAUAAACGGUCCACCUCCAAUGCCACCAAUGAUGGUGCCGAAUCCGUUUAUGAGCGUAUUCAAUGGUAGUUCAAAUGUACCGCAAAGUCCAAAUAAUUCGAGUUUGUUGCCAACAUUUUCUCAGACCAGACCUCAGCAAAGACCUCAUCCUGGUACUGGAAAUAGUUCCAAGAAUUGGAGAACCGAAAAUAACAAGUCUGAGCAGAGAAAAACUGCCGCUUUUGUACCGCUACAAGCACAGAAACAGCAUCGCAGUGCAAACCCAAGAAAUAUAACCGGUACUGCAAACUUGAUUGACAACUUGCACCGCAAGCAACAAGAGAGGAAAGAAACUGAAACUAAUGAAGAAACCACAUCAAAGGUAACCGGGUCAAAAACAACAGACACUCCAAGGCCACAAAAUAUACAAAAUGGGCUCCAGAAUUCACUGAAACAUCAACAAAAAUCGGCAAAGCAGAGGAGAUCGCGAAUUGCUGCCAAUUUUGGCUCUGUUUCAGUUGCUAAUGGAGCCGGAUCAAAAUAACGGAAAUAAUAUACGAGUGACAGACAUUGAGAAGCAGUUCAAUUCUUUGGGUCUCAUUCAUCGUGUGUAUAGUUGUAAGACAAAAUAUAUUGAAUUAUUUACAUGGCUGGUAUGUCAGAUUUCUUCUGUCAAACGAUUAAUAAUACUUUACAAUA